UUUUCUGUUGAGAAUAAAUGACAAAUAUUGAUAGAUAUGUAUUCUAAACUUAGAGGAAAAAUGUAAAUGUAACAGACACCUAUUCUUCUUCAUUACUAAAAUUUUUUAUAUGUAUACAUAGAAAUUGUCAACUCUUUGCAAGUUGAUAAGAAUAAUAUGUAAUACCAGAGAUAAGUUAGGCCGGCAAAUAGCUACAAUGCAGCCACUGAUUGGUGGAAUGAGAGCUUAAGACAAUCAUAAAUAUAAGAUCGGACUAUGAAUUCCGGCCUUAAACUUUUGAUAGCAUACAUGUAUUAAAAAUGCGAUAAGAAUGAGACGCACCUGGUCCAUUAUCACUCAACAAUACAGUAUACAGUGGACCAAGCGUUGUAUCAGCACAAUGGCACAUCCACUAAUUGCCGUAUGUCAAAUGCGAUCAAUAGCUGAUAAAGUAAAAAAUUUAGAAGUUGUGACUGAAUUAGCAACUGAGGCCAAACGUAGAUCAGCUGUAAUAGCAUUCUUCCCUGAAGCAUGUGAUUAUUUGGCAGAUAAUAAGAAGGAUAUUGUCGCUAUGGCUGAACCUUUGACUGGACAGACAGUGACAUCUUACAAAGAAAUUGCUGUUAAAAAUGACAUCUGGUUAUCCUUAGGCGGAAUUCAUGAAGCUUCAGAUGAUACAGAAAAAAUAUACAACACACAUAUAUUAAUAAAUAAUACGGGACAUUUGGUAGCUGCAUACAGAAAAAUACACUUGUUUGACAUGGAUAAUAAGGAUACUGGAGUACGUUUGAUGGAAUCAGACUAUGUAUUGAGAGGAACCGAAAUAGUGUCUCCUGUGCUUACACCGAUUGGCAAGCUUGCACUGAGCAUUUGUUAUGAUAUGCGAUUUCCCGAAUUAUCAUUAACUUUGCGGAAUAUGGGAGCGCAAAUUCUCACCUAUCCGUCGGCAUUCACAUAUCAAACCGGUGCCGCUCAUUGGGAGGUGAUGUUACGAGCACGAGCUGUAGAGAAUCAGUGUUAUGUCAUAGCCGCGGCGCAAACUGGCGCACAUAAUAAAAAGAGAGUGAGCUGGGGUCAUGCUAUGAUUGUAGAUCCUUGGGGCACUGUUAUAGCACAGUGUGCAGAAAAAACGGGUAUUGCUAUAGCAGAAAUUGAUCUUGCGCUAUUGGAGCAAGUCAGGAAAAACAUGCCAUGCGAAAAGCAUCGCCGUAUUGAUUUAUAUCCCAGUAUGGAAUGAUAAGAAUCUACUUAACAUGAACAUAAGAAUUUACUAAGUAGAAACAGUUAAAGUAAUAAACAGUUAAAGUAAUUAAUGGGUCUAAGUAAUGGAUAUAUUAAUUUUGAUAUAUAGAUUUAUAUGUAUAUAAAAACCAAUACAAAUCUA